AUGGCUACUGCAACUACGUUAAUUCUAUUGGGAGCAGCGGCACCAUUGGCACCAGCAUUGAUUGGCGUAUUAGGAAAGGCAAGUAUUGAAUUAAUUCGAUACCUCCAUCAUCACCAUCAACAGCGUAAGCAACUGAUGUAUUCAAUAGGAUAUGGAUAUGGCUAUUACGAAACAUUUUAUUUUCGUAUUAUUCAAACAAUAUUAUUAUUCACAAAAAUGGUAAUUGUUACAGGAACGGCAGUAACAGCAACGGGUGUGGCACUUGCAUUUGGACCUGUGAUGCUCGGUUUAGCAGGAAGAGCCGGGAUUGGAUUAACGAAGUUCGCCUGGCAUCGUUAUCAAGACAGGAGGCAAGAAAACUAUUCAACAGGAUAUUACUAUUAUCCUCCGAUUGAAUAUACUUCUAAUUGGACAACAACGCAUAGACGCUGA